AUGAACCAUGGCAGUCGGGGCAUUGAUGAUUCUAUAAAGGGCGCGUUGCUGCGGCUUGAGGAGGCGGCCACGAUUAUGCACACCCAAUACCGUCAGUUGCGCCGUUCUACAGCUGCGUCACAGCACCACUUAUUAACACAACUGCACCGUGAGGAGGUGCCACUUGCUGGACGCAAAGGCACUGAUACCGCACCUACCGUGUAUCAUCUCCCCUUACCUUUAUCCGUUGCCGCCAACCCUGAGGCAUCUGCUCCUUCAUAUUACAGACAUGAAGCAGAGCGAAUGCAAGCCAUGUCGGCGUAUCGGUUACGGGAAUCACAGUUUAUGGCACGGAAGCUACUGCUGGCGUCGUUAUGGAAACAGUAUGUCAUUAAUUCGUGGUUCAAUCCUCAUGUCGUCGACGGGUUUUACUAUCGAGUCACCACAAAGCUGUCUGAGCUCAGGUCCCGCCUUGAGCGUGCAGCAGCGGUAGUGCAUGCGGAAAGACUUGUUGAAACAUUGCCUGUUAUCGCGAAACAUGGAAUUCAACUGAAGCGGAAGCGGCGACUGGGAGAAGCUCUCUCUCUUACCGUUAGGGUUGCAAGGGAAUUUAUAAAUUGUACAGGGAACGGUACAGAACGGUUGAAUGUGCAAGCACCUCUUGGAUCUCCUUUACCUUUUACGUCGAGAGAUUUUUCUGAAGUUGUGCAGUACCUUGUUAGUCGCGCGGUCGAAAGGAGAGAAGAGUCGGGGGCUGGGUUUGCUGCCGCGGUUCAAUCGUUGUCGCUCCUACAGACGCUUGACACUCCAGCUGCCUUACAAUGUCUUGCAAAAGAAUGGAAGUUCGAUAACAUCUCACUUAAUCAUAACAGCACCCGGAGUAUCUAUAAGUGGUACUCGCAUGUAAUCUGCGAGGCGAUGCGCGAGAAAGCCCGCGUCACGAGCAAUGUGCUUGUAAACCGGCGCCAGCAGCGAGAACAAAACGAAGCGCAUUGGUGCAACAUGAGGACUAAAGCACUUACAGUGUUGCGGAACGCUUCAUGUGAUGGAACCGGUGCAGCUACUGCAUCUGAAGGGCCCGGCGACGAUGACACGGCAGCAGGUCAGCAAGAAUGCUUGCUGUCACUUGUGUUAAGUUCUAUCCAACAAGAGGAAGACGUGAGGGAGCGAUAA